AUGCCUUUCAAACACGGUGAGAUGGAGGUCCAGGAGUUGGGCUCCCGUUCACAGAAGAACCGUGAUGAUGAGGACCUGGCAAGACAUGGCAAGAAGCAACAGUUCGAGAGAAACUUUGGUUUCUUGUCCAUGUUGGGCUUCACUACCACUAUGAUGUGCACGUGGGAAGCAGUACUUUUUGCUAAUGCGAUUGCAAUGAUUGACGGCGGUCCCGCAACUCUCGUAUAUGGAUUCAUAUUCUGCUGGAUAGGUGCCCUAGUCACUGCCGCCUCACUCGCUGAAAUGGCUUCAAUGGCUCCUACUUCCUCCGGGCAAUAUCAUUGGGUGGCAAUGCUAGCUCCUAAAGGUCAGGCGGUAUUCCUGAGCUGGGUGACCGGAUGGCUAGACGUAAUCGGAUGGUGGGCCAACACUGCCGCGGGCGUAUACUUCGGCGCAACAGUCACCCAGGGUCUUCUAGUCCUGAACUAUCCAGAUUACAUAUUUCGACAGUGGCAUGGGACCUUGCUCAUGUUUGCCGCGUUGGUCGUUUGCGUUCUGGUAAAUUCUGUCGGAGCAAAGCUCUUGCCUAAGGUGGAGGGCUUGAUCCUAAUCCUUCACAUUAUGGGAUUCUUUGCCGUCUUGAUUCCCCUUGUUUACCUCGCACCAAAGAAAGACGCAACGUACGUCUUCGCCACCUUCGAGAAUUCCUCCGGAUGGAGUAGCGCAGGUCUGACCUGGCUCAUUGGAUUGAUGGGAACUAACCUCCCAUUCAUUGGUUAUGACGGUCCUUGUCAUAUGGCUGAGGAAGUCGUCAACGCCUCAACCAUCGUGCCUUGGUGCAUGAUCGGCACAAUCUUGCUGAAUGGAUCACUCGGAUUUGCUAUUGUACUCGCCUUUCUUUUUUGCAUCGGCGAUGUCGGCAAGGCCAUGAACAGCGCAACAGGCUACGGCUUCAUUGAAGUUUUCUUUAACGCCACUCAGUCCCAUGCUGGAGCGUCCGUAAUGGCUGCCAUUCCCACUGCACUGGUCAUCUGUGCGUCUUUUGGGUUCUUAGCUUCUGCGUCGCGCCUCACCUGGGCUUUCGCGAGAGACAGGGGGUUGCCAUUUUCAAAAUUUCUGUCUCACCUCAGCUACGACCAUGCCAUUCCUUUCCGCGCUGUCAUUCUUUGCGCGACGCUCACUGGCUGUAUCUGCAUUAUCAACGUGGGAUCUACCGCUGCAUUCAAUGCUAUCAUCUCGUUGACGACAGCGGGCCUUUUUACAUCUUAUGAAAUUGCGAUCGUUCUAAUGUUCUUGAAGAAAAUCAAGGGAGAGCAUAUUCCUUAUGGUCCCUGGACCCUCGGCCCGUUCGGCAUUGCCAUCAACAUCGCCUCGAUCUGUUUCUUGACUAUCGCUAUCUUUUUCUCUUUCUUCCCCCAAGGCUUACCUGUGACACCUGCGAACAUGAACUGGUCAAUUGUUGUGUUCUCUGGGGAGCUCAUCCUCGGUCUGCUGUGGUAUGCGGUUUAUGGGAGGAAGGUAUAUCAUGGUCCCAUCGUUGAGGCCGGUGUUAUUCCUAUGGAGGGUGGGUUUGUGGUGCAAGGACCUCGGGAAGAGUUCUGA